CUAGCAAAUAUCUCAGUUCUUUUUCUGCAGCAAAGAAGCAGCAAAGAAGCAGUACGCCCAGCACAUCACUUCUCGUUGGUGGGUUCUGAACUACGAAGAUGAGACUGCUUCUCUUAUUCUCCGUCAUCUGCUUGAUGGCCACUGUCAGCUUCAGUCAGCCUCCUGGUCCUCCUGGUCAAAAAGGUGAAAAAGGAGAUCCAGGAUAUCCUGGGUUUGCUGGGAUGAUAGGACCACCUGGACAAGAUGGUAUUCCUGGAUUUCCGGGGAAUAAAGGGGAGCGAGGAUUUCCUGGGCUACCUGGAUUUCCUGGCAUUCAUGGAACAUGCUCUGCUACUGAGACGAGCUGCCCAGACCUCAGAGCCUUGAAGGACAGACUUGCCAAGCUAGAGCUCGCCAUUAACUAUCAUUUUGUCCGGAGAGUUGGUCAGAAAUACUUUGUGUCCAACAAGGAGAGAGGCUCUUUCUCCAGGGCUGUCGAAUUCUGCUCCCAA